AAGUCUAUCUAACCUCUUUUGUAUGUGUGAUUGUGAGGUGAGAGUUUCAUCCAGAAAAUUUUCAAUUUUAUCCAAAGAAAAUACAUAAAAAGCAAGAUUUAAAUAUAUACAUUUGUAUCUACAAUGGCUGAAACAAUGAAGCAAACUGUUGCGAGCAUGCUAAAUGGAAUAGAAAGAUACAACCCCGACAAUUUGCCCACUUUAGAGCGUUAUGUCGAAAUACAGUCAAAAGAAAACACCUAUGAUCUUGAAGCUAACCUUGCUGUUUUGAAACUGUACCAAUUCAACCCGCAUAGCUUUAAUUUGGAUGUUACAUGCCAGAUCCUUCUGAAAGCUCUAACCAACCUUCCUCAUACUGAUUUUAUUCUUUGCAAAUGUUUGCUUACUGAAAAACAGCUAGCAACUGACCCAAUUAAUCAAAUAAUCUACUUAGCCGACAUUUUGGAGCAAUGCGACUUUCAGCUGUUCUGGGCUAGAAUUCGCACUACUCCAGAACUGACUCAGAAAAUUGCUGGAUUCUUAGACUCGAUUAGGAAAUUUGUGUGUCAUGUGGUCGGAAUCACUUUCCAGACCAUUGAAAAGUCCCAUCUGGUUCAGCUAUUAGGUGAUCUUGAUGACAAGAGCCUUCAAGUUUGGGUAAAGAAAUAUGGAUGGAAUUUCGAGUCUAAUACUCUAGUUUUUAUUGGUAACCAGGACGAGAAUAUUAAGACAAAGAAUAUCAGUGAGAAGAUUGAUUUUGAUAGUGUGGGGCAUAUUAUGGCCGCCUGUCGUUAGUUUUACCAAGUAAAAUACAGAUUUUUUUCUUA